AUGUAUGCUCCUCGCGCAAAAUUCGAACGUGUCUAUGUUAUAUCACCGAUUAAAGUAGCAGUUAUAUUUCUAAUAUGUCUUCAUUGUCUUUGUGUUUUCGUUACGUUUUCAACAUCGUUUUGGAUUAAAACAGAACGCGGUCAUCAUGGGCCAUUGUUUAGCUGUGAAAAACGUUUGAUUUCGAAUAACGAUUUAAUAUUAUCUGUGAAAAAUGAAUGUUAUAUGGGCGGAUUUACUCAUGAUAUUAUUCUCUUCAAAAUACCACUAACAGCGAUGUUAAUUAUAAUGUCAUUUUUAAGUGCGUUUAUAUCCAUUACUACAGCGAGUCUAUCAUUUGUAGAAAACACAAGUUCAAUGCGUCAGCGAUAUUGGUUAUAUACGAUUAUUUUACUUCUAUUUGUUUGUAUUAUUGAUUGGUUUAUAUUGGUUUUUGUUCCAUUGAAUUAUCAUCAGGAAGUUUAUCAUCUUCAAUGGGCUUAUAGCGUGCAUUCUAUUUCAACUUUGUGCAUUUCUCUGUCGCUUAUUACAGCUAUCAUAAUGCAUAAGCAAGAUGAUAUUCGAUAUAUUGAAGGCAUUGCUGGAUCAACUAUUGAAAAAUAA